AUGGCGGUGGAGCUGGGCGAGAUUGAGGAGCUCGUCGAGGAGAUCCUCAUCCGCCUCCCUAAGGACGAGCCUGGUAAUCUCCUCCGCUCCUCCCUCGCCUGCAAGCCAUGGCGCGACCUCCUCGCCAGCCACGCCUUCCGUCGCCACCACGGCGACUUCCACCGAACACCUCCCAUGCUUGGCUUCCUCCGCGACUGGCCGGAACUCAGCAUCGAGUUCUUCCCCACCACGGAUUUCCUGGCGCGCGGUCCCGACCCCCAGCACCAAUAUACCGUGGAAGAUUGUCGCCACGGCCGCGUCCUCCUUCGAUACUUCGAUGAGGAUGAGGAUAUGCCAUUGCUGGUCGUCUGGGACCCCAUGACGGGCAGCGAAACAGUGCUUGGCACCCUUAAAAUGUCGGAAAAGGCAAGGUCGUUUGCCUCGGUGAUCUGUGCUGCGGACAGCUGCCGCCACGGUGACUGCCAUUCCGGUCCAUUUGGCGUCGUUUUCGUCAUCCUUCACCGGGAAGAAGAGGUUGCUACGGCGUCCGUGUACUCAUCGGAGACGGGUAGUUGGAGCUCUUCGGCCGUCACCGAUGUUGGUACGUUUGAGGAUGAAAUCCAUUUCUCCAUGCCUAGUGUGCUCGCAGGAGACGCGCUCUAUUUCCUCCUUUUCCGGGGCCAGGAUGUUGAAGGUUGCAGUAUUCUCAAGUACGACCUGGGAACCUCCUGUCUGUCGGAGAUUCAUCUGUCGGAGGAGAUGCAGGAUGCCAGCGACAAUCCUAUCCUCAUGGUGGGGGAAGACGGUAGGCUGGGGAUCGCACACCUGUUCUUUUUCGGCCUCUCCGUCUGGUGGAGGGAGGUGGAUCCCGAUGGAGUUGUGUCGUGGACACAACGGAGAGACAUCGACCUCGAGACUCUUCUUCCUGCUAGUGAUUCCAUAGUAUCACCUGAGUUGGUUGGCUCCAUGGAGGGUACUGAUAUCAUUUUUGCAACCACAAAUCUCGGCACCUAUGAAAUUGAUCUCAAGUCACUGAAAUCACCUUUGAAGAUGCUCUCGAGCAAGCUGUGUCAACAUCCAGAUAUCAAAUGGACCCUCUUUCCCUACGUUAGCUUCUACUAUCCUCCAGCUCCAGCGGUGGCUGGUGUUGUGGCUGAAGCAUCAAGUGAUGAAGCUGGACAUGGCAAUGAGGAAGCAGAAGUCUCAAGAAUUGAAGAAGUUUAG